CAUCAAACUAACCAACCAUGUCCCUCCCAACCGUUCUCAUCACCGGCUGCAGCGCAGGCGGUAUCGGCUCCGCCCUAGCCGAGGCCUUCCACGAGCGGAACCACCACGUCAUUGCGACUGCCCGUUCCGAGGAGAAAAUGUCCCAUCUGUCAAAGUAUCCCAACAUGACGCUUCUCAAAUUAGAUGUGACUUCUGGCGAUGAUAUUACUGCCGCUGUGGAAGCUGUGAAAUCGCUUACCGGCGGAAAGCUCGACUACCUGGUUAACAACUCCGGUCUCCCGCUUACGUUUCCGGCACUGGAGACGGAUAUCGAGAAAGCCAGAGAGGUCUUUGAUGUCAACUUCUGGGGUGUUGUGAGAAUGGUGAACGCAUUCUCCGAGAUGAUCAUUGCAGCCAAGGGAGUUAUCGCGAAUCAUUGCUCUAUGGGUGGGGUCAUGACGGUUCCGUGGAAUGCAUUCUACACAUCUUCAAAAGCAGCAUUGAAAUCAUAUAGCGAGGGUCUACGCCAUGAGCUCGCACCAUUUGACGUCAAAGUCGUGACCAUCAUGACUGGUGUCGUGGGGUCGAAUCUCUGGACUCGCGCACCGGAGUUGAAUCUGGAGGGAUCAAGGUAUGCGCCUGCGACGAAGGAGAUAAUGGAUAUUGCGACGGGAGCGAAUACAGGCGGCACCAUGCCUUGCUCCGAUUAUGCCCGUCGGGUGGUUGAUGAUUUGGUGGGUGGGAAGACUGGGCUUAUUUGGAGGGGGAAGAUGGCCUCCAUUGGGUGGUUUUUGACGUCGUUUAUGCCGACGUGGGUUUUAGAUAUGAUGACGAAUCACAUGAGUGGACUGGACAAGCUGGGUUGAUGUGAGGAAGAGGUAGCAAAACUUAUAAAGGCUACGGUGUUCUUGGUGUUGUAGGGGAGUUUUCUAUUAUUCAAUCAGUGACUUGGAACCAAGACUUAUUGCAGGGGCAUAUAUGCUGUACGAUCAAUCAACAUGGAAUAUCGGAA